AGGUAAUAAUUUACUGUUUGGCCAACUUCACUAGAUCAUGAUCUUCUUUAUUUUUUCGUUACGUGGACCAUGACUAGAUAGAUUUAGAUAUCGUCUCCGUCAUAUAUGCGUAAAAGAAAGAAUAUCUUAAAAUACUACUCGUCCAUAAUUAUUACUUCUUCUGAUUUGAUGAUUUGACCGUGAUACAUUUGAUAUAGUGAAUUAUUUCCAAGGACACUUGGCUGAUAAUAACAUGGAGCUCCAUCAGAAGAAGACAGUAAAAAAAGCACGGCGCAAAAUAGAGGAGAAUAACGUCGGAGAGCUAAAAUGGAUAGAAAAAGAUAACGAAUUGGGAAAAAGUCAAGAUGAGACAGUGAAAUCAAAAGCCAAAGUUGAAGCUGCAGUCUUUCAGGCUUUUAAAGAACUAAAGAAGAAAGCAAAAAAAGAAAGACAAGCUGAGAAGAGAAGACUGUUGCAACAGCAAAAACUUGAGGACGAGGAAAGAGAAAAGGUGGUUGAAAAAACCAUACCUGCCAUGGUAACAAUAAAAAGGGUUACUGGAGGUGGAAAUAAUUGUCCAACAGUUGAAAUAACCGUAAAAGUUUCAACUCCUGAGGAUCAUAAGCUCAUGUACACACUUCUUAAUGGAUCUGAUGAUUGUAACAAAACUGAAGUAACCCAUAAACCAAACAAAGGGUAUAAAAAGAAAAAGAAAGCAAAAAAUUCUAUUGAAAGAUUAGAAGCCCCAGAAAAAAUUCCACAAGUUAUAACAAAAGAACUGAAAGUAACAGUAGCUCUUGAUAUGAUAAAUAAAAAAAAUAAUGAACCAUCUAGCGCCGAACCUAAUAAGCUUUCUAAUACUAAGAGUAUAGUGGAAAGUAUUACAAUAACGAAGAUAAAUAGUUCAGAGCGAAGGAAACAAACUGUUUCGUCGAUAAAUAACAUAAGCUCAAUAGUAACAGUUGCUGAAACUGAAAAGUCCAUUCACAUGGGACAAGGUAAUAAAUCUCCUAACCGAGAACAUGUUGAUGAAAAUUCAAAGAAAAAAACGAAAAAGAACAACAAAACCAACAAAAUACGACAGGAUACUCAGGCAUCUACUAUACCAACAGAAAAAGACAAACCAAUGUCUUUAAUACCAGAAAAGAAUAUGAUAUUUGAUCCUUUGAAAUCAAAGCUUCAACAAAAAUAUGAUAAAAAUGCAGAAAGUUGUGGUCCUGCUACAAUUUUUGCUAACGAAAAUGGUACGAUUACGGUAAUUAGAAAUUUUCGCUUAAAACAAUCAAUUUCAAAUAGAGAACGGGCAUUGUCGAUACCUUUGGGAACAAUCUUAAACCAGACCACAUCUUCAGAUGUAGAAAAGUCACCGAUAUCAACAAAUUCCACCAAUUCCAAAAUGCAAGACUCAACAGGUCAUUCUCAAGUUCAAAAAAUCCUUUCUGCUUUGCCAGAAAUUCAAAUUUGCAAGGUCGAUAUAAAAAAUAUUAAGCCUAAACUGAAAGAGAACGUAUGUGAAAAUAAUUUUUUUGUGAGUUUUUCCAAACAAUAUUAUGGCGUUAGACGGAAAAGUACACUGAGAAAAAUAGACAAGUUACUAAUAGCCAAUCGAGGAGAAAUUGCUUGUCGGAUUGUGAGGACGGCUAAACGAUUAGGGGUCAGGACUGUUGCUGUAUACAGUGAUGUCGAUGAGAAAUCUUUGCAUGUAUCUUUGGCCGAUGAAGCUUAUAGAAUUGGCCCAGCUACAGCCUCUCAAAGUUAUUUAAGAGGAGAUAAGUUGUUAGAAGUUGCGAAACAAUCUGGAAGUCAAGCAAUUCAUCCUGGAUAUGGGUUUCUUUCAGAAAAUGUUGAAUUUGCUGAACGCUGCCAAAACGAGGGAAUUAUUUUCAUAGGUCCGCCAUCAUCUGCGAUAAGAGAUAUGGGAAUUAAAAGUACAUCAAAAACUAUUAUGUCUGCAGCUGGUGUUCCUAUAGUCGAGGGAUAUCAUGGCGAGGAUCAAAGUAUAGAGACUUUAAAGAAGGAAGCUAGAAGAAUUGGCUUUCCUGUCAUGAUUAAAGCUGUUAGAGGUGGAGGAGGAAAAGGAAUGAGAAUAGCCCUCACUGAACAAGACUUUGAAGAAGCGUUGGAGUCUGCCAAAACUGAAUCUCAAAAGGCAUUUGCUGAUUCUGUAGUAUUAUUAGAGAAGUUUGUUACUGAGCCGAGACACGUUGAAGUUCAAGUUUUUGCGGACACUCACGGAAAUGCCGUGCAUUUAUUUGAAAGGGAUUGUUCUGUACAAAGAAGGCAUCAAAAAAUUAUAGAAGAAGCUCCAGCGCCUGGUCUUUCUCCAAAAUUACGGAACGAACUUGGCAUGGCUGCAGUUAGGGCAGCUAAAGCUGUUGGUUACGUGGGAGCUGGUACAGUUGAAUUUAUUUUGGACAAGAAAUCUCACGCUUUUCAUUUUAUGGAAAUGAACACUAGACUACAAGUAGAACAUCCUAUUACCGAAAUGAUUACAGGUACUGAUCUUGUGGAGUGGCAAAUUAAAGUGGCGUCAGGAGAAAAACUACCAUUGGCACAAGAUGAGAUUACUUUAAAUGGUCAUGCCUUUGAAGCCAGGAUUUACGCAGAAGAUCCUAGAGGUGGUUUUCUACCUGGUGCUGGUCAUCUAUCUUACGUUUCCACACCCGAAGCAGCAGAUGAUACUCGAAUUGAAACUGGUGUUAGGCAAGGAGACGAAGUUUCAAUUCAUUAUGAUCCAAUGAUUGCAAAGCUUGUAGUUUGGGGAAAGGAGAGAGAAGAGGGUCUUUCAAAACUUAAGGCAAAACUAAGAGAAUAUAACAUUGCCGGUUUAGAAACAAAUGUAAAUUUUCUAUUGGACCUUGCAGACCACCCCGAAUUUAGUGCUGGUAACGUUCAUACAAACUUUAUUAGAGAUCAUUAUGAUACAUUAUUUAGAAAAGAAAACCCAUCUAUAGCACAAUUAUGCCAGGCAGCUAUAGCAACAAUAUUAAUAGAUAGAGAUUUAGAAAAUGGAGAAGCAAUUGCACGAAAAGAUCAGUAUAAUCCUUUUACUGUAGAAUCAAGUUUUAGAGUCAAUUAUGAACACGAUAGAAAAAUUAAAUUAAAAUUUAAAGAUACUGAUAUAAUGGUGACUAAUAGGUUUAAUAGAGACAAUAGAUUCAGCCUUUCUUGUGAUGGUGGAAAAACGUACAUAGAUGCUCAUGCAACUAUUACAAAGUUCAAUAACAAAAUUAUAUUAACCGCCACUAUCGAUGAUAUAAUUUAUAAAACUAAUAUCUAUAGAAACGAAGAAGUGCUUGCUUUGUUUGGUCAGGAAGGAAAACUGCAAUUUUCAUUACCUCGACCUACAUACGUCACCCAACAAGAAGAAGAAUCUUCGACUGGCUUAGAUAAUAAAGCUGUAUCUCCUAUGCCAGGUGUUCUCGAUAAGCUUUUGGUAAAAUGUGGUGAUAAGGUGAAAAAGGGUGAUUCCUUGUUUAUUCUAAUAGCUAUGAAGAUGGAAUACGUUGUAAAAGCAUCAAGGGAUGCUACAAUUAGCAAAGUUAAUUUUGCAGUUGGUGAUAAUGUUCCUAAAGAUUCUACUAUAAUUCAGUUUGAUGUUGCCGAAUAAUAAAGAUAUUUAAAAA